AUAAUAUUAUUCCGAACAUAUCUUCACGUGAGAGGAAUAUGUUUCGAAGAAUUUCUUAACCUCUAACAUUUGAUUUUCAUGUAAUUAACCUACUUGAAUUGGACAUUUUUCUCCAGAAGACUUUUUAUUUCUUUGAAAUCCGCGGAACUGUGUUAGUGUAUAGCCCAGUUGAGUGAACCAUGGCAGAGUUUUGGUUGGUAUCAGCCCCUGGAGAUAAAACAUGUCAACAAACUUUUGACAAAUUAUGCAUGGCAACAGCUAAUCAGAAUAUGCUAUCUACAAACUAUAAAUUUGCUAUUCCUGAUCUAAAGGUUGGUACUUUAGACAUAUUAGUUGGUUUAUCAGAUGACCUUGGAAAGUUGGAUGCCUACUGUGAAAGUGUAACCAAGAAAAUAGCACAGUAUUUAGGAGAAGUAUUGGAAGCACAGAGAGACAAACUUCAGGAAAAUUUAGUAGCAAAUGGAGUUGACCUUGUAACUUAUUUGACAAGAUUUCAGUGGGAUCUAGCCAAAUAUCCCAUUAAACAGUCACUAAAGAAUAUUGCAGAAAUUAUUGGAAAGCAAGUGUCCCAGAUAGAAACAGAUCUUAGAACCAAAUCCCAGGCAUACAACAGUUUAAAGGGAAAUCUACAGAACUUAGAAAGAAAAGCGACUGGAAGUUUACUAACCAGAAACUUGGGAGACUUGGUGAAGAAGGAGGACUUUGUACUAGACUCUGAAUAUUUACAGACACUAUUGGUGGUAGUUCCAAAAUCAUUUCACCAUGAAUGGGCAGCUAAAUAUGAGCAGCUGACUGACAUGGUGGUACCAAGAUCAUCCAGGGUUCUAUAUGAGGAUGAUGAGAAUUGCUUAGUAUCUGUAACUUUGUUCAGAAGAGUUGUUGAUGAAUUCAGACACAAAUGCAGAGAAAACAAAUUUAAUGUUCGUGAUUUUCAGUACAGUGAGACUGAAAUGGCUGCUGGUAAAACUGAAAUCAAUAAAUUAGAAGCUGAUAAGAAAAAGCAAUAUGGACCAUUGGUUAAGUGGUUGAAAGUAAACUUUGGAGAAUGUUUUACUGCUUGGAUACAUGUCAAAUCUUUAAGAUUGUUUGUAGAAUCGGUCUUAAGAUAUGGUUUACCAGUGAAUUUCCAAGCUAUGUUAUUAUUACCACAUAAGAAAUCAGUGAGAAAGUUACGAGAAGUUUUAAAUGAUUUAUAUAGUCAUCUUGAUAACAGUGCAAUGUCAGGGGAUAUGGCUGGACAUAUGGACAUCCCAGGACUUAUGAUGGGAAAUGUAGACUAUUAUCCUUAUGUAUUUUACAAAAUUACUACUGACCUUAUAGAGAAAUAGGCUAGCAGAUAUCAGUUUACAUACAGUUUAGAACAUUCCACAUUAUUUAUGUAAAUGUUGUACAUUGCAAUAAAUUAGGAACUCCAUAUGUAUUUAAUGUUGGAUAUAUUUAGUGGUAUAAUUUGCUGACAUUUUAUUCAAAAGGAGGAAGUUAUAUUAUUGAUAGCAUAGUCGUGUACGAAAGUAGGACAUGAAAGGUUAAAGUUCAAAGAUUGCUGAUAUUUCAAAUAUUAAUCAGAUAUGUGUUCUUUCAUGUGAUGUCAUAAAGUAUUGUAGCAUAUAUUUAGUUUUCAAAAACCAAAUUUUAUGAAUAAACCUUCAAGAUAUUCAUUUCUGAUAGGAUCAGGCUAAAUCAUUACAGGGUCAGCUUAACCUCAUGGGAAUUCACCUUUCUUUAUCAAUCUAUAGCCAUCUGGGUAAUAUUUUUAAAAGUGCACACUAAAACGCUGAGAUUGGUUAAAAACAUCCUAUACAAUGAAAAUUCAACCAAUGGGUGAAGUUAUCAUAACUUUGGUGUAGGACCAUUAAUGAAAUUACCCAUGAUCCUUUAGAUUCUGAAGAGGUGAAUUGUCCUAGGGAGAAUUCUAAUUUAAAAUAUUCUGCUAUGUGGAAACUGCUGUUUAAAUUAUGCUAAUCUCAACUUAUGAUAUAAUUCCAAAAUGAAGGAGAAAAAAAAGAUUUAUAAAAAUAAGAAAAAAAAAGAUGAUGGCACUUAAGUUGAUGUAAUGGAAUGAAUUGUUUAACAGCAAUGUUGCUUUCUCAUUUACUGAAAAACACGAAGAAAGAUUGGAAUUUUGACAGUAUGUUGUUUUAAUCACGACAUAUUUUCUACUGUAAAUUUUUUGAGUUUCACAAUUUAAGGAGUUUAAAUAGAAUAUUUUAACAGUGUACAAAUGUGUAUAUAAGAUUUUUGAAUAACCAAGACCAUGCUAGUCAAUAUUGUGAGAAAAGUGUGAUAUGCAGAUGUAGAUAGGCAGUUUAAGACUGUAAUUGUAUAAAUAAAAUAUUAUCUAUUAUAA